CUGAAUCUCAUCCUCAAGAUAGAACCAUAUUAAGGAUCACAACAACUGAGCAAGUAAAAACACCUCUGCAAGUGAAUCGAUCACAAGGAUGAGCAACUUUGGAAGUUCACUAAUAGUUCCAUCUGUGCAAGAGUUGGUUAAACAAGAGAUCACUGAAAUCCCAGAUCGAUAUCUCCGAACAAGUUGCAGUAGUAUUAAUCUUGAUCAUGAAAUUAAUCCGAGUGAUUCCGCUGCUAACGCCAUACCUGUUAUCAAUAUUGAGAGCCUUCUUUCUGGAGAUUCAAUAUUGGCCGAUAAUGAAUUGGAGAAACUUCACUCUGCCUGCAAAGAAUGGGGCUUCUUUCAGGUUGUAGAUCAUGGAGUUAGCUCCUUGACAAUUGAGAAAAUAAAAUUGGAAAUACACAACUUUUUUGAACUCCCAAUAGAGGAGAAAAAAAAGUUAUGGCAGAAACCAGGUGACCAUGAAGGAUUUGGGCAACUCUUUGUUGUUUCCGAUGAGCAGAAACUGGAUUGGUCUGACAUGUUUUACAUAAGCACGCUGCCAUCUAUAAUGAGAAAGCCUCAUUUAUUUGCGGGGAUGCCGUUACCUUUGAGGGAGGCAUUGGAAGAGUAUGCUCUAGGAUUGAAAAAACUGACCAUAACUAUUCUGGAACAAAUGGCUAAAGCUCUAAAGAUGGACUCAAAUGAGAUGAGAGAGCUAUUCAGUGAUUGUUACCAAUCGAUGAGAUUGAAUUACUAUCCUCCUUGUCCUAAGGCUGAUCAGGUAAUAGGUUUCUCACCACACUCAGAUGCGGACGCAUUGACAAUUGUCCUUCAGCUUAAUGAUACAGAAGGCCUUCAGAUCCGCAAGGAUGGGAAAUGGGUUCCAGUAAAACCCAUACAAAAUGCUUUUGUAGUCAACAUCGGUGACAUUAUGGAGAUUGUGAGCAAUGGCGUCUAUCGCAGCAUUGAGCACCGGGCAGUUGUGGAUUCAACAAAAGAGAGGCUUUCGGUCGCUGCAUUCCACUCAACCAAUUUAAAUGCAGAGCUAGGCCCUGCACAUAGCUUGAUAAAUCCUCCAAAUAAACCAGCAUUAUUCCGAAGAGAAUCUGUGGAGACAUACUUUAAGAACUUCUUUGCACGUAAACUUGAUGGAAAGUCUUACCUAGCUUCCAUGAGGAUUGACAAUGAGCAAAGGGAUCCUUCCAGUUGAUUGUUGCCGAUUUUCAUGGUUUUAGUACUGGUGCAACGUUAUUCCAUGAAUACAGAGUUCUCAACCAGAAUUGUGAAAAACGUUGCAGUGCAAUGUCAAUUCCAGAGAAGUACUUUGAUCGGCAGCAAUUUAAACUUGCCAAUAUUGAUUAUUGAUAAUUUCAUUCAACAGAAAAUUUGCAUUACAAGCAAGUCCUUGGUAGU